AUGGAUCGUGAGAUAGGGGAGCUUUUUCCUUUGAGUGCCAUCCCUUCACUUGAGCUGCGCAUGGAGAUGUCGAAUCUGAUGGUCGACAGCCUCCUCCUGCAGGUCGAUGGUGCGCUCUCACGGAUAUUAAAUCUGAUAGACAUCCAACGUAUUAUUAGUCUUGGCCCUCGUAUUUUUGGUGUCGGGCUGGACUUUAACGACUUAGAGAAGCUUCCUCUGGACUCCAAGAUACUUGAAGGUAUCGCGGACAGCUCGGCAGAGGCGUUGCAUUCCAACGAUGAAGCUCAUGAUGAUGCGAGCUCGCUGCCGAAGGCUGGCGACGUGAGGGAUUUGAUCCUCUGCGACUGCUGCUCGAUAUGCCUCUCGACGUUCCGCGAUAUCUUCGAGAGGAGCACUACUGAGGACUCCGAGCAGGGCGGCGGGUCGAAGCCCGUCUACAUCUGCCGGCUUCCCUGCAAUCACCUCUUCUGCCUGGAGUGCCUGCGGCCGUGGCUGGUGGAGAACGAAAGCUGCCCCAACUGCCGCCUGGGGUUGGAGGACAUUCAGAACCUCUACCAGACGAUGGCGGAAAAAGCGCCGGCAUGGUGGGUCUCCGCGCUCACCAUUUUCAAGGAGAAGGAAAAAAAUGCGACGCCGAUACCGAGUGUCUUAGGGAACAGCCCCAAGGUAUCGGUUAUCGGGAGCGAUACCGACCUGUCGAACGAUCCAGGGGUCGAGGAGAUCUCGAUCCGGUCGCUUUCAAGCACCUCCUUGAGCAGCACAGCUGAGGUCGUCGCGAUCUCACCGCUCGCCGUGGAGCGGUCCGACAGCGACGGCGAUGCCUCCGUCACCCAGCACGAGACGACGGAGGAUUCCAGCAGCGGCGUGGUCUCCAUCUCCGCGCGGGAGCGAUUUUUAGCGCGGCGAAAUCUCCCCUACCGGCGGAGUGUGAUCCCUUCGAGCGUGAGGUCGCCCUCUAUGAGCAGCCGCCGUGCGAGCGAGGACGGCGCGCGACGCGGCGGCGCUUUUGUUAUCAGCGGCCCCCCCGUGGGCGCCGUCCUCGGGCGCGUAGACACCCCUUUCACCCUCCCAGAGGGGGCGUUAGAGGAUGGGUUGAAUGAGCCCGACCCGCACGAGCCCCCGCUUCGCCUGAGAGACCUCUCCACCCAGACCUCCUCCCGGGUUUCCGACGCCGGGGAGUCGACGAGUGGGGCGGUGUUGCCGGCCCCCCGACCGUCCGCCUGGGGGGGGGGGGAGGCCCCUUAG